GCGAGACCGACUGCGCAGGCGCGAGCUGGGGGCUGGGGGCGGGGGUAGUACGCACGCGCCGCGUCUGAGGAAGCCCGACGUGGUCGCCGGGGCUUCUGUCCGCGCGGGAAGAUGGCCGAGCGGGUGCCCAAGUCGGUGCUGUUCGUAUGUCUGGGUAACAUCUGCCGGUCUCCGAUUGCAGAAGCUGUUUUCAGGAAACUCGUGAGCGACCAGAACGUCUCCGAGAACUGGAGGAUAGACAGCGCGGCGACCUCCGCGUACGAGAUAGGGAACCCCCCCGACUACCGAGGACAGAGCUGCAUGGAGAAGCACGGCGUCCCCAUGAGCCACGUAGCCCGGCAGGUCACCAAGGAAGACUUCGCCACGUUUGAUUACAUACUGUGCAUGGACGAGAGCAAUCUGAGAGAUUUGAAUAGGAAAAGUAAUCAAGUUAAAAACUGCAAAGCUAAGAUUGAGCUGCUCGGGAGCUACGACCCGCAGAAGCAGCUCAUCAUCGAGGACCCCUACUACGCUCUGCUACUUCCUCUGUGCCCACCCUUGUAGGGGAACGAGUCGGACUUCGAGGCAGUGUACCAGCAGUGCGUCCGGUGUUGCCGUGCCUUCCUGGAGGGGGCCCACUAGAUCAGCCCGCCGGCGGCUGAGGCCUGCCCGAGGCUCCUAUGCCCGUGCCGUGCUCCCCUGCGAGACGUCCUGCAGUCCCCAGCCCCGACAUCCUUCAGCUGAUUCUGUUUCUUACUUUAAAACGUCAUUGUGGAUGGAAAACAGUUGUGUUUGGCAGGACAGUAAAUAAAAGUCUUUAGCUCUGA